AUGUCAUUCCGCGACUGGAAGAUUGUGCGGGUGCUGGCCGGAAUAGCGAUGCGGAUAUGGGCCGCCAGUGGAGCUGCCCUGCUGUCCGCCUUCCUGAUCUACGUGGUGUAUGGGGGCUUUUUUGCCUUCCUGCUACUUUUAUUCGCCGUUUCUGGCAUUCUGUACCACGCGCAGGACAACCUGCUGUACCAUCCGGAGCUGCCGGCCAACUCGCGCAUCUUCAUACCCGUUCCCUCCAUGCACGGGCUGCCUUACGAAACGCUGCACCUGAAAACGCGCGAUGCCGUCUCGCUGCACGCGUUCUGGAUCCGGCACCCGGGCGACAAGGGCCGCUACGUGCCAACGAUCGUGUACUUUCACGGCAAUGCCGGCAACAUGGGGCACCGGUUGCAGAACGCUACCGGCUUCUAUCACACGCUCCAGUGCAACGUGCUGAUGGUGGAGUACCGCGGGUACGGCCUGUCGACGGGCACGCCAAGCGAGAAGGGCUUCUUUGCCGAUGCCCGCUCCGUGCUGGACCAUCUGUUCAGCCGGCACGAUCUGGACCAUGGGCAGAUCGUGGUGUUUGGCCGGUCGCUCGGCGGUGCCGUGUCGAUCGAUCUUGCCGCCGAUGCGGUGUACGGUGCGAAGCUGAUGGGCGUGAUUGUGGAGAACACGUUCACGAGCAUACCGGACAUGGCGGUGGAGCUGAUACACCCGGCGGUGCAGUACCUGCCGCUGGUGCUGUACCGCAACCAGUACCUGUCGGUGGACAAGAUACAGUUCGUGUCCGCGCCGAUACUGUUCGUUUCCGGCCUGGCCGACACACUAGUGCCGCCGCGGAUGAUGACGAUGCUGCACACGCGAUGUGGCAGCACGCGCAAACAGAUGCUGCAAAUCGUUGGCGGUUCGCAUAACGACACGUGGGCUGUGAAUGGCUACUACCAGGGUGUAGCCCAAUUUCUGAAGGAGUGCAGAGAAACGAAAGGACCACUGCAGACACCGCCGGUUAGCCACAACGUGUGGCCCAACAUUGAGGAGGUGUGAGGAGGAGGCUGAGGGACUCGGGUCCCCCAGUUGAAUCGUAUUCUCUCUUUUACUCUCUCUCUCUCUCUCCCUCUCCCACUUCUUCCGUGACCGCCUUUUAAAUGCGACGCGCUUGCCAAAAAAACACGUGAUGUGAAUGUCUCUGUCACGGGGACGCAUAAGAAUGGGACGGACGGACGUUCUGAUGUGAUGCGAUUUGCGGAAGGAAUUUGACGGACGAAUUGUACCGAAUACCAGGGCCUCUACCAACAAAUACACGCAACUAAUACGCGAUUAGAGUUAGACGAGCGCGCGCGGGCGUUCUAAAACAAUUAGAAUCUAGCGGGUGAUGGGACAGCGCACAACCCACACCCUUUUAUUGCCACCACCGUCACUGUUCGGUGGUCACCGUCUCACCGGUGAGGUGCUUUAGCAGUCGGGUGUGGCGGGAACGUAGCGUCCCCAGCAGUGUAGCUUCAGUUGAGCCGCAAACCGCAAACGCACCCAAUUCGCCACAGCGCCUCACCACAGCAACAGGUUACAAUAAAGCGAGAAUUGAAGAGCAGGAGGAGCAGCAACAAAAGAAAAAAAAAAACGGUUAAAAUUUUGAACAUUAGCAUAAUAACAAAUAUUAUAAUAAAUUAGCGUUAAAGUA